AUGAGCCUCCUUAUGUGCAGCGAGGACUGUAGUCUCGCCAAGUUUGCGAAAAAGCACCAGCUGAGCCCGCAUGACCUGUGGCUCCCACUGGUGGUGGCCCUUCCCUCACGUGCAGGUGCCACGGCUGCCGUCGCAGUUGAUCCUCGCACGCCCAUAGCGAUGCUGGAGACCGCCACAGAUACCCUACUCCUCGACAAGCGAGCCAUCUGCGUCAAGCUACAAGCCGCCAACGCUCUCAGGUAUGAUGAGAUGACCUUCGUGGUUGACCCUGCCGCGAUACCAAAGGGCUUCGAGGUCUUUGUGCGCUGGAGUCGAGCAAGUGGCAAAAAGCUGCGCGCCAAUACACAAGUGCUUCACUACAACGUCGAGGACGCACCCAGCGCCUCGUCUUGCAGCUCCGUUGCUGGGCUGAAGCGUGGUCGUGUGAACGACAGCGACAGCAGCGUCGGUGCAUCCUCAUUGGCGGGGUCACUACAAGGAAGGCAGAGUCGAAUCUCUUUGCUUCAGCAGAGCAUGGAGGAUCUGAAGCGGCGUCUGGCAGCCGCUGUCGGCGCGCACGGCGGCCAGCUCAGUCCCCGUUGUACGCAGAUUCUGCAGUCCACACUGGCCAGCAUGUGCCAACGCCUGACACAGCCGCCACUGCAUUUUGUGCUGCCUCCUGAGGCGACAGUGCUGGACGCAGCUGGUGUCACAUGGGUCAGGUCAAACCGGCGCAUCUUCUCUCGUGUAUUCCGCUCCACUUCCUCGGAAGAGAGGUCGGAGGUGUCCAAGUACAGUGAUGGCUCGCGCCAGCUGCGGUUCUACUUUAUCGAAGAUGUGCUACUGCGCCGAACACGUCAGUGGACUGCGGCGGAGGCGAGGUGCCAAGGCGACAGAGAUAGUAAAACAGAACGUGGCACCCCCUCGCAGGGGGUAGAGAUCUUGCUCAAGGAUGAGAUCCUGGCGGACAUGGACAACUUUGCUGAGCGCGGCUUUCGUAUUGUGUUCAUCGAGCACUACCCGGUGCUGCACCAUGGCAGCCGCUACACAGUAGAACAGACACUGGCUCCGGUCGUGUGUUUGUGCCGCCAGAUGUGCCCGCACCUCACUGUAACGGUGCUUAUUUCCGCCAUGUCGUGUGUGACUGCCGCGCGAAAGCAUGGGAUGGAGCUGUCCCUGGUGCUUCCGCAGGCCGGUCUGCUGGCUUUCUUCGUUUCGGAGCUGAACGCAUCGCUCUCACCAGACCCCAGGACGGCAGCCGUGGUGGGGAGUAGCGACAGGGGCUCCAAGUUUCUCAACAAACUGCACGCCGAGUUUGCGCGCAACGCGUCACUGGCCUACGUGGAUGAGAAGAAGCUGCGAUGUCGACGGCAGUAG